AUGACCCCGUGGACCAGUAAUCCGGCGCCCAAGUGCAUCCUGUCGCACGCCCGCUUUCCCCACCGACUUCUGUCUGCGCUGCUGUUGCUCCUCCAGCCCUGGUGGGGGAGCUGUCACCCCCAGUGUUUGGACUACAAGCCUCCGUUCGAGCCCCGGCUGCCAUUGGUCCUCUGCAAGGAGUACUCCAAGUUCGGAUGCUGUGAUGUGGAGAGAGAUGGGGAGAUAUCGGUGAAGUUUUACAGCAUAAUGGAGAACUUUGACCAUUCGGGCUUCGUCACCUGUGGCAAGUACAUACGCAGCAUGCUCUGCCAGGAGUGUUCUCCAUACGCCGCCCACCUGUUUGAUGCCGAAGAUGCCAACACGCCUAUGCGGAUGUUGCCUGGUUUGUGUGGUGACUACUGCUCCGACUACUGGCACCAGUGUCGCUACACACUCAGUCUCCUCUUGGAGGACCUGGGGAGCCCUUAUCAGUUUGCAAACUUGACGGCAACGUUAGAAGAGGACCGCAGAAAGUUCUGCAACUAUCUGGAGCUGAAGGACAAACAGUACUGUUAUCCAAAUGUGCUGACGAAUGCAGAGCUAAAUGCUCAACUUGGCUUGGUACGUGAAGAUCCUAAAGGUUGUCUGGAGCUGUGUUUACAGGAAGUCGCCAACGGGCUGCGUAACCCCGUGGCCAUGAUUCAUGCAGAUGAUGGGACUCAUCGCUUCUUCGUGGCGGAGCAGCUGGGUUAUGUGUGGGUGUAUUUGGCCAACGGCUCCCGGAUCGACCGACCUUUCCUGAACCUCACUCGGGCAGUCCUCACCUCACCUUGGGCUGGAGACGAGCGAGGAUUCCUCUGCAUCGCCUUGCACCCCAGGUUCACAACCGUCAGAAAAGCCUAUGUGUAUUAUUCUGUGUCUGUAAAGAAGGAGGAGAGGAUACGUAUUAGUGAGUUCACACUGUCAACUCAUGAUGAAAACCAGCUGGACCACUCCUCCGAGAGAACCAUCCUUGAGGUGGUAGAGCCAGCGUCCAAUCAUAAUGGAGGACAGCUUCUUUUUGACCAUGACGGAUAUCUGUACAUCUUCAUCGGAGAUGGUGGCCGAGCAGGAGACCCCUUUGGAAAGUUUGGCAAUGCACAAAACAAGUCAACACUUCUUGGGAAGGUGCUGCGUGUCGAUGUGGAGGAUAACGACGAUGGUGCUCCGUACAGCAUUCCGUCAGACAACCCGUUCCUGAGGGAGAUUGAAGCACGACCUGAGAUUUAUGCCUAUGGAGUGCGCAACAUGUGGCGUUGCUCCAUUGACCGCGGCGACCCCUUCACAGGGCGAGGCAGAGGCCGGAUGUUUUGCGGUGACGUGGGCCAGAACAAAUACGAGGAGGUGGAUCUCAUUGUUAAAGGAGGCAACUACGGAUGGAGGGCCAAAGAGGGCUUCAGCUGCUACGAUCGCAAACUCUGCCAGAACUCCUCUCUGGAUGACAUCUUGCCGAUCUUUGCCUACCCCCACAAGUUGGGAAAAUCAGUGACAGGAGGAUACAUCUACAGAGGCUGCCAGAUGCCCAACCUCAACGGACUCUACUUCUUUGGGGAUUUCAUGAGCGGGCGUCUGAUGUCUUUGAAGGAGAACGUCACCACCGGUGAAUGGCACUACAAUGAGAUCUGUAUGGGAACAGACCAGACCUGCAGAUUCCCCAAACUCAUCAACAGUUAUUAUAAAUACAUCAUCUCUUUUGCGGAGGAUGAGGCAGGUGAGCUGUAUUUCUUAGCCACAGGGUCCGCGAGUGCCACAGCCAGAGCAGGCGUCAUCUAUAAGAUAGUGGACCCUUCCAGACGAGCCACACCAGGAAAAUGCAGCAUCAAGCCUUCGCAUGUCAACAUUAAGGGCAAACUGAUUCACUUUCACCCCAAAGAAGAGUUCGUAAUCAACAAGAAACCAACAACGACACCUUUUCCCACCACAACCACACGAAAACCUACAACAACAACCAAAAAGUCACCAAGAAAACCCAUAAUAAUCAUAAAACCACCAAUGCCAACAAGAAAAACAAUAAGAAAAAUGCAGCCACCGCCAACAACAGCGUCACCAAGAAAACCGACACCGCAGACUACGAGAAAAACAACAACGAGCAGGGCAACAUUACCAGCAACAUCAAAUAUAAAAGCAACAACAAUAAAAACAACCUCUGCCACGACAAUAAAAUCAACAACCUCACCCACAGCUGUCCAGAUGGCCACGGAAACAAGUCCCACCACAACUACACCCACCGGUUAUCGCACAACCGUCAUGACUGCAGUCUCCUCUAGGAUUGCUCAAACCCCAAUCAUCACCACACGUCCAACAAGGAGACAUGAGAGACCGUUUCAGUAUCCACCUAGUACCACAUCCCAACCUUUAACCUCACCAAAGCUUCCUCCUUCUCCAUCCGAAACAUCCUUGAAACGAUCUGAGAUUGCUCUGACCUCUACGCGUUACCCUGAGCCCCCCAGAGCGUGGACCACACCUCGUCCAACGUACUGGAGCCAGAAACCCACCUUGUCUUCCUACAUGCCCCAGAGACCACCAGCCAACGGCACGCUGCCUAAAGCUCAAGAGGAGCGUUGGCUCGGAGAGAAGCAGGAAAGUGCUGUGGAGGGGAACCAAGUGUAUAAGAGGCCCAGAGGAAGAGGUAGAGGUCAAAUCUUCAAAAGAGGAAGAGGAGGGAGAAGGCUGAGGGCUGGCUCAUUGCGACUGGUGAGCACUGACGGUUUAUUGGAUCGAGGCAGAGUGGAGAUCUUUAUCCGAGGAGAGUGGGGGACAGUGUGCGAUGACCUUUUCACCACCAAGUCGGGCACUGUGGUGUGUCGCCAGCUCGGCUUCACGACGGCGCUGGCAGUGAUGAAGAGGGCUGCGCUGGGGGAGGCUGACAGCAGAGUCAGGAUCUUUCUGGACGACGUGGAGUGUGAAGGCGAGGAGAGUUCGCUGCUGGAGUGCAAGAGAUCCAGGGUUGGGAAACACAACUGUUCACAUGGGGAAGAUGUGGGUGUGAUCUGCGGUUAG